AUGUCUGACUUUUAUCAAAACUGUCUUGUCCCCGAUAUCACGGUUCUUUCCGGGAUCUCUGAGCUCAACGAUAUCACAGUUUGCAAAUAUCGUAUUAUCUCCAACAACUUCGAUACAUGCACCUUUGUAGCUUAUUUCGAAGAAGAGCAGUCUCCCCGCGGCCUUCCAACAGACCUCCUCAUACGCAUUGAGAAGCGUCAAGAUGACAACCCCCUUUUCGUGACAGCUGCACUACAGAGACUAGCUCAUAUACAACUCCCUCAUCUGGUCCCCAAGGUUUGGGGCUCUGGCCACACUCAGACUGAGACAGGUACCAUGCUCUCGUACAUGCUUUCACAGUUCUAUGUGGACUCUUGCACGCUGGAAUCGGUGUGGGAUGACAUGGAUAAGUCGUCGCAACAAUCCUUGGUAGUACAGACCUUUUCCGCUUUGUUCCAGUUGCAGGACGUUUACUUGGCCAACAUCAACGACGAAGCCAAGAAACUUUUGCAGGGUACGCCAUUCGAGGCGACCGAUGUUGAGCGCCCUGUUCUGGUUGGUGGACCAGCAUACGGUUACUUCCAUGACGUUGCGUCGUUCUUAAUGGCUACAAUGAGCCCUGGGAAUGCCAGAUACAACAUCAAUGAAAAGCCAGAUGGGGCUUUGGCGAUUCAAUUGCACCCUCCACAAGAAGUAGCCUUCGGUUUUGCCCAAACAGAUCUCGACUUGCUAGCGCACAUGCUGGUGUUGUGUCACAACGAUCUAGAACCACGAAAUAUUCUCGUUCGACGAGCCAUUAACAGUGUAGGCAAAGCAGUUUACGAACUGGUGGCUAUCAUCGACUGGGAAAUGGCUGGUUUCUUCCCAUUUGCCUUUGAGGUUGGCCAUAAGGACACAUGUCUAGGUCUGCAAAACCAGUCCUGGACUUGGUAUAGUCUCUACAGACAGAUUGCGGGACGUGUUCUCUCGGAGACACACCCUGGCGCUCGUCCCAUCUGGUCGAAGCUGAUUCGCGCCAUGGUUGUCACUGACAUUUCUAGAAAAGACAGCAACAGACUCAACGUUGGCAACUUGGUACAAAAGCUUUGGCAUGAACGAGAGAAGACGGAUAGAUACCAGGAUUUUGAAACGGGAUAUACCAGAAAACCGGAUGUGGAAGUUGCUGGGCCUUUCACCGUCGCCGAUAAUGCGGAGCUCGAACUGGUGGCUCUGCGCAAACUAGGAUACAUUGAUUAA